AAACGUUUUGUCCUCCGGUUUCAUUUCGCAGCGCUCCUUAACCGGUUCUGAACACAGAAACCCAUUUAGAUUCGAGAUUCGAGCGACCAUUCAUAGCGGUGGCCGGACAAUAGAUUGAAUUGCUCGGAUUUUUCUUUCGCGGAAGUUUAAUACACAAAUCGCUUUAAAUAUUUUUUAAAUCGUGGAGGGAGAGAGUGCAGACGAUUGUGGUCUUUCGCAUUCCUAAUUCUCCACCCUAAAUUUGUGCGAAAUUCUUCAGCUAGGGGUUUGAGAUUUCAGUUUCGCUAAGGUCGCCGGAAACAAAAAAACCUCUUUUGGUACUUUUGUCAUACAGUUGAUGGACGCUAUUGUUGUGAAAAUUUUAACACGCAUGAGGUAUUCCAUUCCAACAACCACUACAACGAUAUCUCACAUCACAAAAUAGAUGGCAUCACUUGCAAGAUUCAAACAAAAACGUUGUUCGUAAAUCGAGUAAACUCGCCAGAAUUCAAGGGGAAGGGCAAGCCGCCGGUGUCGCCGCCUACGCCAGGGAAGCCACCAGUAGCGCCACCGGGAAUCGAAGGAAGGGGGCUUUUGAAUCUACAAGAUUUUGGUUGUUGAGGUGUGGUUGGAUAUGAUGUUGGUGCAGUGAGAUUUGGUUAUCGAUGUCGAAAACGACGACCAAGAAGAGCAGCUGUUCAAGGGGGAGCUCAGUGAGGUUGAGAUCUGGCGCUUGUGUACUAAUUCAGACCCCAAUCGCCGCGAGGCUCCAUGUGGAUUACGAGCAAUCGGAGCAGCAGUUCGAUUACUCGACUUCCGUUAACGCGUCUAGCGAUGUUCCGUCUUCGACGGUGUCGGCUUAUCUCCAGAAGAUGCAGAGGAGAAGCCUAAUUCAGCCUUUUGGUUGCUUGAUUGUUGUUGAUGAAGAGAGCUUCAGCGUGUUGGCAUACAGCGAGAACGCCUCGGAGAUGCUGGAUUUGGCUCCUCACACGGUUCCGAACAUGGAGCAGCAAGAGGAGUUCAGUUCCGAAAUGCUUCAGCUGUUCCUGCGCGAGCCUGCCUGGGAUGAUGAUGCUAGGAAUGAUGAAUAUAUUAAGCAGAGAAUAUCUCUUCUUGAUGAAUUGGAACGAUUAAUCUGGUCGUUCAUUUCAUCAGGAAGCAGAUCAGAAGCUCGGCUGUGGCUUUGUAACACAAUAUCAAGCAUAAACUCCAUUCGCCCCCGCUACCAACGGGACUUAUUUCUGAGCCUAUUGAGAUCCAAGCCAAUCAAGUGGCACUUAGCAUCGCAACUUCUGCAAUUGAUCUUUGAGAAGCAACCACAAAAGAUGGGGCCUAUAAUAGCAAGGAAGAGCUGCAAGCUGGAGAAAUUUUUUAAAGGAAAUCCUAGGCGUAUCUUACAGUGGUUCUCUAAUUUUGCUGGUACUGGUGGCACAGAUCAUGGAAAGGGUGCUAAAGCAUUGUCCCAGUUUGCUUUUGUAAACCGAGAUAUUUGUUGGGAGGAGCUUGAGUGGAAAGGUAAACAUGGGCAAUCUCCUGCCAUGGUUGCAACGAAGCCCCAUUAUUUCCUUGAUUUAGAUGUUCUGCAAACUGUUGAUAAUUUUCUUGAGUAUGUACCUGAAUUUUGGUCAUCCCAUGAGUUCUCCGAGUCGUUAAAGGAUGGUAGUAUUUUGCUGAUUGAUACGCAAUAUUUUGUUGACUUGUUUACUAACCUGAUGUAUGAGGAGGAAGUAGAAGAAGUAUGGGAAGUUAUUGAUGAGUUCCUCAUGGAGCAAUCUUUCUCAUUCUUAUGCCAUCACCUUCUGAUUGUUCUCGAAGAGCAAGAUUUGUGUCUUUUCCUAGAUUUGCUACCGAAAUAUCUUAGACAAAAAUCAGAAACACUUGGUCUUGGCAGUGCGUCUGAAUGGUUUGAAGUGAUACUUUCAAAAUACAGUGCUUCUAUUACCAUAGAUCAGCUACUUCUGCUGACUGCUGUGACUAGUCAAGGUCGCCAUCUCCUGCGGCUUGUACAGGAAGAAGGUAGCGGGGAACAAAAACAAAAGAUAAAGGAUUUGGUUUCUCAACUUUGUGAACUGUCAAAUCAGGCCAAUGAUUUGGCAACAAUAUUGAAAAAAGGCCUAAAUAGCAAACAAUUAGUAGUCAUAAAAAGGUUGGGUGUGCAGUCCUGGGCGAUAUAUUAUAGGCUAUCACAGGAAUUUCACACUACUGAAUCCUGGGAGUCUUUGUUUAUCAGCAAUGGAAUAAAAUUUCGCAAGUCUGACAAGUAUGCUAUGCUACAUGAUGAUGAACUUUUGGAAGAUAGUGGAUCAGAUUAUGAUAGAAGAUCUUCAGUAAGCCUCAAGCGCAAGAAGCAUAGAAAACACAAAAAGAAAAGACAGCUAAAUUUCAAUCCUACUGAAGAUUAUGAAGAUGAGUUGGUUGGAUAUAAUUUGUUGAGUAACAGGCUAGAUGUGGAAUCCAAGGUGGGUGAUUGGUUGCUCUCAACUGAUGGUUAUUCUUCUAUAUGGAGCAGUGUGGAUCUGCCAGAACACCUUUCAAGGCAUUGCUUUAUUGUGUGGCUGAAGUGGAUGUUCGCCAAGAGUGAGACAGUGCCUUAAUUUUUGUCUCUAGGACUGUUCGCCAAAUUUCUAAUGGGACAUGCCAUUACAUUUCCCUUGUUACAGCAGAGCUCUUAAUUAAAAGUUUCAAGGGCCACCUAUGGUUAUAGCAUUGAAUUUGAACCACCGCAAGAAACAGGAAAACGGUUAAAAUCUAUUUGUCUGAUCUGAUGUAUUGAAAGUCAAAGGUGGAGUUGCAUUGUUCCGCAGAAUCGUCCAGAACUUAAAGAACAAGCCCCAUUGAGCUCGUGCGGCCGAUCAAUGACUUGCCAGUAGCUGUAUCUUGAAACUACAAGGUGAAUUUCACAUGCUUUCCAGGAUAAGCCACUCUUGAGUUUGUUAUGUUAAACCAUAUAUAUGUAUGCUCGUUUUCUCUAUCCGAUAUUGGUCUUUGUUAGUGGUGGUACCAUUGCUGUCUCUCUUUGGGAAGUGGGAAGCUUAUGAUCGCGUCGCGUGCUUGCUUGAAAAAAGUGAAUGUAGCCAUUUAACGUUGUCUGUAUAGUAAAGUUCAUUUCAUUGGGCCCACGUACGUUUGAAGUUGUCUUAGUCAUACUGUUAACUGUCGACUACAGAGAGCACAGCACCUGAAAGCUUCCUUAUAAUUGGUUGCUAGUAUAUCAUUUUUCUUCAAGAAACCUCAGGUGAAUCGACGAAUAAUGAAUACAUUCACCGGAGCAACUAGCUCGUUUCAUAUAUCCAAGCUCAUAUGAAGUGAGACAUUUUUCUAUCUUGUGUCAAUAGCAGUAUUUCUCCAUUGAUUAACUUAGAUGAUUUCCACCUGUUCUUCAUAGAUCGAAUAUUUCUAAAUGAUUUUUUUUUUUGAGAGGCUAAAUGAACUUAUCUUUGGAAAUA